ACACUAAAAUAAAUCAGAUAAAGAAAGAAAUCAAUAAAUUAUACCCAAAAGGAAAUAAAUAAAUAAAUAAAUAAAUAAAAUAACACACGUAAAAGAGUCGAAGUUAGUUAGGAGAAACAAGUAUUUUCGCCCUCUAAAAUUUGCAUAAAUAUUGGAGGCCUAACCUCUAUCGUAUUAUUAUUAUUAUUAUUAUUAUUAUUAUUAUUAUUAUUAUUAUUAUUAUCUUGGUAGACUCUCUAAGACUAGAGAGAGAGUAUACCAGAAAAAAGAGAUUGUUUUACACCUUGAUCAAUCAUCAUGGAGGUUAACGGGAAGAAUUCAAACCCGAACUCGUAUUCAAACCCGAAGCCGAAGAAGGGGAGCACAGAGAGUGACACGAGUCUUAACGAUUGGCUUCCGAUUACGUCGAGCCGGAAAGCCAAAUGGUGGUACGCUGCCAUUCACAAUGUUACAAGUAUGGUUGGUGCUGGUAUUCUUGGUUUACCUUUCGCUAUGUCUCAACUAGGAUGGGGUCCGGGAGUGACAAUAUUAGUGUUGUCAUGGAUAGUAACACUAUACACACUAUGGCAAAUGAUAGAAAUGCACGAGAUGGUGCCAGGGAAGAGGUUCGAUAGGUAUCACGAACUAGGGCAGGCCGCGUUUGGCGAUAAACUAGGGCUUUGGCUUGUGGUACCUCAACAAUUGAUGGUUCAAGUAGGUUGUGAUAUUGUUUACAUGGUCACUGGAGGAAGUUCACUUCAGAAAUUCUAUCAAAUUGUUUCUCCAGAAGGGAAGAACAUCAAGCUCACUUAUUUUAUCAUGAUCUACGCCUCCGUACAAUUCUUCCUUUCUAAUCUACCUAAUUUUAACUCCAUCACCGGUGUCUCCUUUGCUGCUGCUGUUAUGUCUCUUAGUUAUUCUGCAAUUGCUUGGAUAGCUUCAGCAAUAAGAGGAGUACAACCGGACACAAGUUAUGCAAGUAGGUACCACACAAGCCCGAGCCAAAUAUUCGGGUUUUUGAGCGGAUUAGGGACCGUUGCAUUUGCAUUUUCGGGUCACAAUGUUGUGUUGGAGAUUCAAGCAACAAUCCCUUCAACGGAGGAAGUACCUUCUAAAAAACCAAUGUGGAAAGGAUCUCUACUUGCCUAUAUAGUUGUGGCAUUGUGUUAUUUCCCGGUAGCCUUUGUUGGUUACCUUGUAUUCGGUAAUCGUGUUGAUGACAAUGUUAUGCUCUCACUUGAAAGGCCUCCUUGGCUAAUUGCUGCCGCCAAUAUCUUUGUUGUUAUUCAUGUUAUUGGGAGUUAUCAAGUUUUUGCAAUGCCGGUUUUUGACAUGAUUGAAACUUUCCUUGUCGUUAAAAUGAAGUGCAAACCUACUACCAGGCUUCGCCUCAUGGCUCGUUCUACCUAUGUUGCGAUUACCAUGUUCGUGGGGAUAGCAUUUCCAUUCUUUGGUUCCCUUUUAAGUGUUUUGGGCGGAAUUGCUUUUGCACCCACCUCCUACUAUCUUCCUUGCAUAAUAUGGCUCAUACUAUGCAAACCCAAGAAAUACAGUUUAUCCUGGUUUUGUAACUGGUUCUGCAUCGUUUUUGGCGCAUCAUUGACGAUUUUAGCCCCAAUAGGAGCUAUACGAGAUAUCAUAGUCCAAUCAAGCACCUAUAAAUUCUUCUCUUGAGCAUUGCUAUAUUUAAUUAUUACGGCGAUUUUUGGGCCGGCCAUAGGGUUGAAUCCUUCCAGUUUUUUUAUAGUGGAUCACCUGUGGUUACUAAUUUUAUGUAGCUCUAAUGUCGAAACUUUAGUGUCAAUGGCAUGUACUUGCACUUGUUUAGGGACGAAAGAUAUGUGAAUAACUAUGAACAAAUAAUUGUUGAAGGUUUUCACAUUAUAAGUUACUUGUUUUUCUUUGAUCAAUAUGAUCGAAAUAAUUUAUUUAUGUCA